CGGAGGCGUAAAAGUAGUGCGGCCACCGAGCCCUUUUCCAACUGAGUGGUGCGGUCAGUCGGAGGCAAAGAAGCAGACCCUAAGCAAGCUGACCUUUUAAGUUUGUCUGUCUGUGUGUGUGUGUGUGUGUGUUUGUAUAAAAUAUUUUUUAAAUACAGUUGUUAAGGAGAUAUGGCCGAUACCGACAAGCUUAAUAUAGACAGCAUUAUCCAGCGCCUUUUGGAAGUGAGGGGGUCGAAGCCGGGGAAGAACGUGCAGCUGCAGGAGAAUGAGAUCAGAGGCCUGUGCUUGAAGUCCCGUGAGAUCUUCCUCAGCCAGCCCAUCCUGCUGGAGCUGGAGGCCCCCCUCAAGAUCUGCGGUGACAUCCAUGGGCAGUACUACGACCUCCUGCGGCUUUUCGAGUACGGUGGCUACCCGCCAGAGAGCAACUACCUGUUCCUGGGCGACUACGUGGACAGGGGCAAGCAGUCGCUGGAGACCAUCUGCCUUCUGCUGGCCUACAAGAUCAAGUACCCCGAGAACUUCUUCCUGCUGAGGGGGAACCACGAAUGCGCCUCCAUCAACAGGAUAUAUGGCUUCUAUGACGAGUGCAAAAGGCGCUACAACAUCAAGCUGUGGAAGACAUUUACAGAUUGCUUCAACUGCCUCCCCAUCGCAGCCAUCGUGGACGAGAAGAUUUUCUGCUGCCAUGGAGGCUUGUCACCAGACCUCCAGUCCAUGGAGCAGAUUCGUCGCAUCAUGAGGCCCACAGACGUUCCUGACCAGGGCCUGCUGUGCGAUCUGCUAUGGUCCGACCCAGACAAAGAUGUGCUGGGCUGGGGCGAGAAUGACCGCGGCGUCUCCUUUACCUUCGGGGCUGAAGUGGUGGCCAAGUUCCUGCACAAGCAUGACCUAGACCUCAUCUGCCGGGCCCACCAGGUGGUGGAAGAUGGCUAUGAAUUCUUUGCCAAAAGGCAGCUGGUGACCCUGUUCUCAGCCCCCAACUACUGUGGCGAGUUCGACAACGCCGGAGCCAUGAUGAGCGUGGAUGAGACCCUCAUGUGCUCCUUCCAGAUCUUAAAACCAGCUGAAAAGAAGAAACCCAAUUCCAGCCGACCAGUGACGCCGCCUCGGAAUAUGGUCACAAAGCAAGCCAAGAAAUAAGGGGGCGGAGGCUGGGAAAAUUUUGGGGGGGGGGGCAGGGCAGGGCAGAUGCUGCGCUGGACUCGUAUCGUCCGGUCUUUGUCUGCUUGGAAUUCUCCGGUUUCAUGGUCACACAAACUGUCAGCUGCCUUUUUUUUGUAUUUUUUUCUCCUCUCGUUGCAGCGACCAGCAAAGACCAGUAUUCCAAGAUAAUGGGCAAAACUUUUAUUGUUUUGUUUUUUUUUUACUCUGACUAAAUGGCUGUUUUACCUUGAAAAACAAACUAAAUUAAAAACAAAAUAAAGUUCAGGUCUGUGAAUUUGUCUGCCACAUUUCAGCAGGUGUACCCCAGGAGGAGAGAGGACCAUUGUGGGGCAGAGCUGAUGCCUCCCACCCGUCACCGAACUGAAUUUAAACGGUCGCAUCACUUCUUUCUUAUGGAAGAAAACACGAUUACUUUUCAUGUUCAGUGAUAGACGCCCCCUACCCAGCUAGCUUCUCAAACCACUGUGAAAAACCCUUGCAGUUACCACAUGUGAACAGCCUUCUCAGAUUAUAAAUUUAGACAGUUUGCUUUUCCCCUCUUUUCUCCCAAAACUGUCAGGUAUCUGAACUUCUUUGAAUAAAGCAGUUACUAUAAUUUUUUUCCCCACCCUGUUUAAGUUCUGAUUUUUGUAAAUCAUACCAACAUUUUCACGGCUUUUAACGUUAUACACUUUUGACUAUGUAAGGAACACGUAGAUGUAAGGAGCUUGUUCUGAUGAGCUGGCUUUGAUGUGUUUUGAAUGCUGAAUCCUGUGCGGGAAUGUACAAUGUGCGCGGAAAUGACUGGCAUGAGGAGCGAUGGUGGAUCUUUUGUUGCAUGCAUUUAGAGUUACAAUCUCAUUACAUGGCAUUUUCUAUAAUGAGGCACGCAAACCUUAGCAUGCCUUAAGCUAAAUGUAGCACUUCAGGUACUUGUCAUUUUGCAACUCAAGUUCGGUAAUUUUAAACCUUAAGUUUCAUUUAAACGUUAUAUGAUGUCCCAUUUGAAACGUGCUGUAUAUAAGAUCUUUUGUUUCAUCUCGGCAAUAACGUUUAAAAAGUUUACUCUAUUGUACACUUCUUUAAUAAACGUUUUUGAGUUUAGGGGGCAUCACAAA